ACUCACACACUCGCUAACACUUUCUCUCUCCUUUUGCGGCUAGGGUUUUUCCUUUUUCUUUCUUCACUCCCAAAUUCACCGAACCCUUUUUCUUUCCAUUCUCUUCUCUACACUCUCAUCUCACUCUAUUUCUCUAUUCAUGGACUCGUUACGCGUUUAGUGGUUCCUCUCUAUCGUGUUUGGGGGAAAAAGGGAAGAGGGAAAAGAAAACCUCUUAUUGGUGUUUGGUUUUUGUUUUGGAAUUCAAAGAUGACUACCAUGAACCCCUUUGAUUUGUUGAAAGAUGAUACUGAGGAUCCUUCUCAGCUCAUCGCCAACGAGCAGCUCAAGGCUGCUGCUGCUGCCGCCACCGCCGUUCCGCCCAAGAAAGGGGCGGCGGCGGCUCCGCAGAAAGGAGGGCAGCAAAAUAAGCCUGCUCAGCUCCCUACCAAGCCUACUCCUCCUGGUCAAGCUGUGAGGGAGGCAAAAAAUGAGGCUUCUCGUGGAGGCCGUGGAGGUGGACGAGGUGCUGGGCGUGGAGGUGGACGGGGUCGUGGUUUUAACCGUGACUUUUCAAAUGAUGAGGGCUCAUUCCCAGCCUCUGGAGCCCCUGCUACUCAAAGUGGUUUUGAGGAAGGAGAUGGUGGGAGGACUUCAGAUAGACGAGGCGGUUAUGGUGGGCGAGGCCCUUACCGUGGUGGUCGCCGGGGAGACUUCAGCAAUGGGGAAGCUGGAGAAGAAGGAAGGCCAAGAAGACUAUAUGAACGCCGCAGUGGGACUGGACGCGGAAAUGAGUUUAAGCGUGAAGGUGCUGGACGAGGAAACUGGGGAACACAGUCUGAUGAAAUUGCUCAGGUGACUGAUGAAGUCGUGAAUGAAGCUGAAAAGAAUUUGGGCGAGGAGAAGCCUGCUGGUGAAGAUGUGGCUGAUGUAAACAAGGAGAGUGUUGCUGAAGAAGCUGAACAAAAAGAGCCUGAGGAUAAGGAGAUGACUCUGGAGGAGUAUCAGAAAGUGCUGGAAGAGAAAAGAAAGGCCCUUCAAGCACUAAAGACUGAGGAGAGAAAGGUUGAUAUCAAAGAAUUUGCAUCCAUGCAGCCCCUAUCAAACAAGAAAGUCAACAAUGACAUCUUCAUUAAAUUGGGAUCUGAUAAGGAUAGGCGCAAAGAAGCAUUGGAGAGGGAGGAGAGAUCCAAGAAGUCUGUCAGCAUUAACGAGUUUCUGAAGCCAGCUGAUGGGGAAGUCUACUAUGGUGGGCGUGGCCGGGGACGCCCCCGUGGUCCAAAGGGGGGUAGCUACCGUGGCAACUCCAACAAUGCACAAGCUCCCUCCAUUGAAGACCCUGGUCAUUUCCCAACUUUGGGUGGCAACUGAGAAUUGUCCAGAACCCUUCCAAGCAUAUCUGUCCUAUUUUCAGUUUUGGGUUCUCUCUUAUUUGAACUUUAUCAGGGAAAAAAAAAAAAAAGAAAACCCCUUAUGGUAGGUGGAUUUCCUUAAUUUAGAAGGGUCAUUUUUAAUUUUAUGCCUUCAGAUGUAAAUUUAGGUUUGUUCUUCAUACGGUCCUUUUAUACCCUUAUGCUUCUACUUUUUACUGUGUUUGACAUUUGGGGGUAUAUGGUGGCGGGUAAGACAUAAAAUGUUGAGUUUCGUUUUCUUUAUAGAUUGACAUCUCAGUUUUGCAUUA